UGGGAGUUCAGAGCCGGCGCAGCACAACAAGCUCGAGCCACAGUCUCAACAACGUCCAAACCGCCGCUGUCCUCCAACGGUUCUGUCGUCUCUUUAACUAACGAACUACAACCAACCAACGACUGACAAAAACAGCAGCUAUGAAGGAGCAGACACGUUUUUUCCUUUGGCUGCAACUUUUCACAGCUUGUCUGGUGUUUGCGGUGAAGGGUGAUUACUGUAAAGUGAAUGUGUGCAGUAAUGGUGGAACAUGUGUGACUGGGGCAGGAGCUCCGUUUAUCUGUAUCUGCCCUGAUGGCUUCUCUGGAGAUACCUGCAAUGAGACUGAGACUGGGCCCUGCAACCCCAAUCCGUGCAAGAAUGAUGCCAUCUGCGAGGUGACAGGCCACUCCCGCCGAGGUGACGUCUUCAGCGAGUAUGUCUGUAAGUGCCAGCCAGGCUUCGAGGGAGUCCACUGCCAGAACAGUGUCCAAGGGGCAGAUUUAAGUUCACAAAAAGAUGUGAAUGACUGUGCCGGCCAGCCAUGCGAGAAUGGUGGCACCUGCAGGGACCUGGAUGGAGAUUUUAAAUGCCACUGCCCAUCCCCUUAUGUGGGCAAACAUUGCCAACUGCGCUGUAUUUCUCUGCUCGGCAUGGAGGGAGGGGGCAUCGCUGAGUCCCAGAUCUCAGCCUCAUCAGUCCGUUACAGCAUGCUGGGCCUGCAGCGCUGGGGACCUGAGCUCUCUCGCCUUCACAACAAGGGACUGGUUAACGCCUGGAGCGCCGCUGCACAUGACAAGAACCCAUGGAUAGAGAUCAACUUGCAAAGAAAGAUGCGCUUUACAGGUAUCGUGACGCAGGGUGCCAGUCGCAUGGGAACAGCCGAGUUCAUCAAGGCCUUCAAGGUGGCCUCCAGCCUGGACGGCAAGAUGUACACCAUGUACAGAACAGACGGAGAGAUGAAGGACCGUGUAUUCAUUGGAAACGUGGACAACGACGGCACCAAGACCAACCUGUUUGAUCCCCCAAUCAUUGCCCAGUACAUCCGCAUUGUCCCUGUGGUGUGUCGCAAGGCCUGCACCCUGCGCAUGGAGCUGGUGGGCUGUGAGCUCAACGUGUAUUCAAACACUUCAGGUUGUUCAGAGCCGAUGGGCAUGAAGUCCCGGUUAGUGUCUAACCGCCAGAUCACGGCCUCCAGCACCUUCCGCACUUGGGGCAUCGAGGCCUUCACCUGGCACCCUCACUACGCCCGGCUGGACAAACAGGGCAAGACCAACGCCUGGACCGCCGCCACCAACAACCAAUCUGAGUGGCUGCAGGUGGACCUGCAGUCUCCCAAGAAGAUCACAGGAAUCAUCACACAAGGGGCCAAAGACUUUGGCUCCAUCCAAUUUGUCACAGCAUUCAAAGUGGCUCACAGUUAUGAUGGACAGUCCUGGACCAUCGUGAAGGACGAGACCACAAGGACAGACAAGAUCUUCCCAGGCAACAGCGACAACAACGUUCACAAAAAGAACAUCUUUGAGCCCCCGUUCUACGGCCGAUAUGUCCGCAUUCUGCCGUGGGAGUGGCACGAGCGCAUCACCCUGCGAAUGGAGCUUCUGGGCUGUGACGAGUAGCACCGCCUUGGACCUGCCUGGACCCCCCCCCCACCACCACCUUCCUUCUCCUCCUUUCUCUACCUCUUCCUCUUCCCUCCCUCCCUUCUCCACUCCUGAGCCACACCUGCACUGCCUUGCUCUCAGCCCUAGGGGCCAGCAAACACCAGAGUAGCACACCACCACCCCAACCCUGGCUGGUUGGAGGUGGGCGAUGUUACCCUUACCCACUGUUACCAGGGCCCUGAUUGAGUUUAGCUUACAGUGUCCCCUCUUUGUUCAUUUCCUGAAUUGAUCUUUUCCACCUGAACCAAAUAUGUGAUCAUUUCAAGAAACAACUGUAUAUUUUCUUUGUUCCCGAGCUGAGAUGGGGUCAGAUUUUUAUCCCACCUACCGGCUAAAUCAAAGGUGGUGACUUCCUCAUCCCUGUAUCAGAGGUCAGGGGUAAUAGGACUGCUGCUGUAUCAGUUGGUGCUGCCUAGACUCUGAUCCUAGAUCAGUUCUACCUGGAACAUUGAACCUCCAAGACCCACGGCUGGUGAUGUACAUAAGCUCUUGCACACGUCCUGUAACCGAACACUUCACCUCCCCUCAAGACACACACACUAUAUAUUAUCUUGAGAGGAUACAUUGACACUUAUGGUUGAUUAUUUUUCUUUACCAAAAAGUGAAUCUGCACAUAACAAAAUCUGAAUAAUACAUUGGCAAGUAACCUUUGUCUUUAAAUCUGGUAAGAAACAUGCUUGUUGCUCCUUAGUGGGAAAAACUAGCAAGUAACACCAAAUAGUUUGCAUCCAAUUUACAAUCAGAUUUGCCAUAUUUUUGUCUUUGCUGAGCAAAAAUAAGAGACUCAAAAUCUCAAGGUUUCCCAGCGUGAGUUCUUCAGUAUUCCUAGUAUUUCUCUGCAGUGGUUUGGACAGUAAAAUCCUCAGUUCAUGUUUCCUACAGUGCAUUUGUUUGAACUGCUCUACUUUUAACAUCCAAGGUGUAAACAUAGUAUUCACUCUGGUAAAACAUAUACGUGUAGCAGCCAAUAACAGAAGAGCGAACAUCCCACUAUUUACACAAAUCCUUAUUUUUACAGAACAUGUUUACGAAAGUUUAACUUUUACCAAGCUCUAUCUAUUUCUGUGAGACCACAGCCUCAUUUGGAGGCUUCAGGCCAAAUCAGUGUAAAGUCAUCAACUCAUCUUGGGCCAAUGUGUCCUCAUCCUUCUUUCUGUGGGUUUAUUUUAAAAAAAAAAAAAAAAAAAAAAAAAAAAAAGGUAUAUGGUGCACUGACGCAGACACGCACAGAACAAAAGAUUAAUCAGACACAUUAAAUCUGUCAUUGUGGGACAUAAUCAGUCAAUGGACCAUCACAGUCAGUCAGUUAAGCAGCCGAACAGAUGUGAUCUCAAAGCCAGAGGAGACUCACUGACAGACAGGAUGUUAUAAACAAAAGACAAAAAGAGUUUGAGAUCAUUAAGUGAAAGAGAAGAGGCACUUUAUUGCUCUUGAGGAAAUGAAUAAUAGUCGUCGCCUGAGAUUUACACAUGUUGUGACAUGUUUAACCAAAAAAAGGACCUCUUACACAAGAACUCUUGAACUUCUGAAGUCUUACAUUAUUCAUUCAAACAAUGAUAUGACCUUUGGACAGUCAUUUUUUUAGUCGCUUGAUUACAUUAUUAUUAUUCUUUUUACAUGUGACAGUUAUUCCAGUAUUCAUUAUGUUAUUGGCUGCUACAGCGGGAUGUGUAUCAAAUUUGGUUUAUUUAAAAAAAUAAAAAUAAAAUAAAGUCACAUUUAUGGUCAGUUUAUAGUUGAUUAGUCUCAUCUUUGAACUGGCUGUUUGAAGUGGAAAGAUUCUGAAAAGAAGUAUAUGUAGAGAUUUUUCUCACCGUCUGUGACUCUCAGAACCACUUCAGAUCUCACUUUUUUUAUUGCUGACGGGACUCUUGGAAUGAUAGACAGCUAUCAGUGUAUUAAACAUCACCAUAGUGUUUUGCUAGAAUGACAGUAUUAAAUCAAUGUUAAUCCAAGAAUUGCAUUUAUUACUAAUUGGUAAGCAUCAUAAACUCAGAGAUUAACAAUAGCGGAGAGGCUGCAAUUUCAAACUUUAUGAUGGAUGUUAUCAUCUCAGGUCCUAAUGUACAGUAAAUGCUACUGAAACUCUACUAAUUCACUCACUCGGCUGUGCUUCUAGAUGUGUUCACACAGUUUCACUUUUUUUUAUGGCACUUUGAUGUUUGUGUUUUGACGUUUGAAAUAUCCAAAAACCAAAAAGGAAAAACACACAAAAAAAACAGUAUUGUGCGUUGAAGAACAAACGGUAAACAUAUUCAUUACUACAGGUAGAAGUUUAAAAAAAAAAAAAAAACGAAGUAAAAAAACCAAUAAAAGAAGAUAUACUGGCAGUUCAGUUUCUUUGUUGGAUUAAACUGAUCUUUGAAAGUCUGGAGGUAUCCCUUCGGUUGUUUAGUGUUAAUAUGUGACAUGCAUAUAUACAGUACUUUUGUACUGAAAUCUGUCCGUAUUAGUAGAUGUUAAUGUUUGCUGCAGACCAUCUAUUUAGGGUCCAACAUUAUGCCUCCAGUUCAAAGCUGAGGCCUUGCUGAUAAGACUGUAAGAGAGAAACCAAAUUAAAACAGAUUUUUACGGUUCCACUGCACAUGUGACUCGACCCGCCAUAUCAUCAGCUUCUGCCGCCCCCGUCACAGUAUUCUAAACCUUUCCACCCCAUGAAUUAUGAAUUAUGGGCUUGUGCAAUAUUAUACUGUGUUAGUUUUGAUAACAAUGAAUAUUAAUUCAAGAUCCUUUAAAAAUGCAUGAGGGGAUAGCAGUGUCACUGAGAGGUCGAGGGUGGAUGUUUGUGUCAAACACUGUACAAUAUUUAUUAUUGUUGCAGAUGAUUCCGUAAGACACGCUUGUUAUCUGCAUGCAUUUUAUUGACUAGUGUUACACAGUUUGAGUUCAACCGAUUUGAAUUUAUUGGUGACAUAGUUUCAUUUUUUUUUUUUUUCUCUAUCAUCAUUCAAAGUGUUGUAGAUAUCUUGUUCCCCCCGCUGUUCAGGUUUUCUAUGAUUGAUCAAAAAAAUUGAUGACAUUGAUGUGUUUUUAUGGUAAUAUAUGAGUUAAUUUCUUGCUAUAAUGUUGACCUCAUAGAAUUUUGACUGGAUUAGAAGUUUUUUUUAUUUUAUUCCAGUAUUGUGUUUCUAAGAGGAUUGCUUUAUGUUUUGGCCUUUGUAUCUUAAAAUGAAUAAAUAAUGAAUAAGAAUAAAUAAAUCAUUUUAAAAACA